CCACCUCCGCUAGCCCAGCCUUCUCCUUCCCGCUGUGGCGGCUAGUCUCUGCUGGCCCUGCCCACGUUUCCCUCUUUCCCUCCCCCCCCCCCACCGCGGUCAUGUGUUGCCUUUUUUUUGUUGUUUGCAGUGGAAACAAUUUCGCCUUCUUCUAGCACCUCCGACCCAAACCGCUACUCACUCAGGCGGGGGAGAGGAAAGGAAGGGGAGAGGGCUGGAGCGUGAGGCGAAGCAAGGGGGGUGAAACUGCAGCAGGGUCCCAUGCUCGCCUUAGAUUUUCUUUUCGGCUCCGGGCUCCCCUCGCUCUUUCCCUUCGGCCACAUUGUUGGCUUCAGGCUGGGGGAGGAAGCUAUGCCUUGUUCAAUCGGAUGAAAAGUUUGCAUAAUGAUCACGGGAAAGGCAGCAAGGAAAAUAUAGAACUCACCCAAGACAGGAGCGUCAGACUAAAUGGGUCCAGUUAUGCCUCCCAGUAAGAAGCCAGAGGGCUCGGGAAUUACCAUUUCCAGUGGACUGAGCCAGUGUUACACAGAUGGUGACCUGUCAAAGACUCUACAGGAUGAGGAGGACUUAGAUUUUUCUUUGCCUACCCUUCGAUUGGAGAAAGGUCCUAUAGAAGAUGAAGAACUUACCAAUUUGAACUGGUUGCAUGAGAGUAAGAACUUGCUGAAAAGUUUUGGGGACUCAGUCUUAAGAAGUGUUAGCCCAGUUCAAGACCUCGAUGAUGAUACCCCUCCAUCUCCUGCUCAUGCUGACAUGCCCUAUGAUGCCAAGCAGAACCCUAACUGUAAGCCACCCUAUUCAUUUAGCUGCCUCAUAUUUAUGGCCAUUGAGGACUCUCCAAACAAGCGGCUUCCUGUGAAGGAUAUAUACAACUGGAUUUUGGAACACUUCCCUUAUUUUGCAAAUGCUCCUACUGGAUGGAAAAACUCUGUGAGGCAUAAUCUGUCAUUGAAUAAAUGUUUUAAGAAAGUGGACAAAGACAGAAGUCAGAGUAUUGGGAAGGGGUCUUUGUGGUGUAUAGACCCAGAAUAUAGACAAAAUCUUAUCCAGGCUUUGAAAAAGACACCCUAUCACCCAUAUUCCCAUGUGUUCAGCACACCUCCAGCAUCUCCUCAGGCAUAUCAAAGCACAUCCAGUCCACCCAUUUGGCCAGGAAGCACCUUUAUUAAGAGAAAUGGAGCUCUUCUGCAAGAUCCUGACAUUGAUGCUGCCACUGCCAUGAUGCUUUUGAAUACUCCCCCUGAGAUACAAGCAGGUUUUCCACCUGGAGUGAUACAAAAUGGAGCUCGCAUUCUGAGUAGAGGAAUUUUCCCAGGAGUUAGACCACUGCCAAUAAACCCUAUUGGAAACAUGGCUGCAGCAGUAAGGAAUGGAAUAGCGAAUUGCCGAAUGAGGACAGAUAGCGAGCAGUCGUGUGGUUCUCCAUUGGUGAGUGGGGACCCAAAGGAGGAUCAUAACUAUAGCAGUGCCAAAUCUUCCAACCACAGGAGCACGUCACCCACUAGUGAUUCUGUUUCCUCUUCUUCUGCUGAUGAUCAUUAUGAAUUUGUCACAAAAGGCAACCGGGACAGUAGUGAGGGCAGCGAGGUCAACUUCCAUAGCCACGAGAGCCAUAGUGAGGCAGAGGAUGAGAGCAAACGACAAAACAGAAGAGAGACCAAGGAUUCUGUAGCUGAUAGUGGGUUCGCCUCUCAGCACAAGAAACGUCAGCAUUUACUGAAGGCGAAAAAAGUACCAAGUGACACACUGCCUCUUAAAAAGAGACGCACGGAGAAACCACCAGAGAGUGAUGAUGAGGAGAUGAAAGAAGCUGCUGGGUCGCUCCUGCAUUUGGCAGGAAUUCGAUCUUGUUUGAACAACAUCACCAAUCGGACGGCAAAGGGGCAGAAAGAGCAAAAGGACAUGACAAAAAAUGAGAACAAAUCCAUUGACUGAACUUAUAAAACGAUUUUGUUUCAGCACGUCAGGUGAAUUCUAAUGAUUUGUGGCAAUAUCAGAAAAUAUUUUCUUCGGUUUUUUCUUCCCCCUUUUUUUCUUUUUCUUUUUUUCUUUUUCUUUCCUUUUUUGAACCCAAAAUAUUUGUGUUGUAUUUUUUUAAAGGAGAUUGAAGCCAUAGAACUCAUACUGAUACUCAUCUAAUUUUACAAAAGCUUUUCAUUACAUGAAGACAAAACAGUAAAAGCCAAAAUUGCCAUUGCUUUCUCCAGUUCUGUCAGAAAUGCAUGGUCGAAUACGCUGUGAUACCACCAGUUAAUGUGAGAGGAAUAAAAUUUGGCACUUGAAAAUACAUUAUAUAGUGAGAAAUUGAAUAAUAUGGUAGACCCAGGCCAGGCUCUUAGAAAAAUAAUUUAAAAGCCUUAUAAUUAAAUGAGAGAGAGAGAGAGAAUGUGUGUGUGUGUGUGUGUGUGUGUGUGUGUGUGUGUGUGUGUAUGUAUGUAUGAAUGAAUGAAUGAAUGAAUGAAUGAAUGAAUGAAUGAAUGAAUGAAUGAAUGUAUAAUCCAGAAAUUCGAGGGAAGUCAGAGGCCCAUUUCAGAAUCAAGAAUAAGACAGUGGCAUUUGCUUGCAUUUGUGCCAUAGAAAUCUUGGAAUACCCACUAAAGACAGCUGCUCAUACAGUAAUGAAUUACUAAGCUUCAUGUACUGUAUAUGGCUCAUAAUGUGAAAACUUAAUACUUUUUAAAUUAUGGAAACUGAACUGUGUAUGCAAUGAGUUUCAAUAAUAUAAGGAGAAAAGGGUGGAGGGGGUUGGGGGGAUUAGUGAUAUUCUUUAAUCAAUUAAUUGUCUUCUAUAUUUAAAUUAAAAGAAUGUUUUUUAAAAAGCCAUAAGCCUGAAGAUUGGCACUGCCUGCAAAAAUAUUAUGGGAAAACAAGCUAUGAGUUCUUAACUGCCUGAGUGAAAAGCAAUCAAAUCUAAAAAAAAAAAUUAUGAGUAGAUAUUUAAAGAGGAUCAAAAUGAGGAAACCGUUUUGAUAGGAUUAAAAAAAAAUGAUCUCAUGAGAAAAGCAAAAUACAUAUGCUACGAAACCUGCCAUUAGUAUUAUAUUACAUUAAAAAUAUAUAUAUUUGGUUGGACAAGAAAUCCUAAUCUUAACUAGAACUCUGUACAGUGCUUCUCAAAGUACUGUACCUGUUAAAUACAUUAGUGCAAAAAUAACAAUAUAUUUCCAGUUAUAACCACUGUAGCCAGCAGAAGAUUCUGAUUCAAAUUGCAUGGAUACCUUUCUGGGAGGGGCUCAGGAGUACAAAAUAAAACCCCCCUUUUUAAUUCAAAGAUAACAAAAGUUCUUGUAAGGUAAAUAAUGUAUUUAGCAUGAAGCAUGAAUUAUUUUCAUAUAAAUAGAGAAAAAUAGAGAAAAGGCUAUGCCUCUAAUUUUUAAGCCAAUAGGCUUAGUUUUGAUUUUUGGUUUUUGGUUUGUUUGUUUUUUAUUUUGUUUGGGAAGCAGGUGUUUUAAGGUUUAACCUUUUUCAGGGACAAAUACUGACUGUUGGGGAACUUAUUCUGCAAUAUUAAAAAAUAAAACUUCAUGCUCGGGUAGGGCUUGGAUGGUUGAAUUAUAUUGCCUUGUCUGCACAUUCAGCCCCCUUCCCCUACUUCUAUGUUUUUUUAACAUGUUUGUCCUUUCUUUGUCUUUACAUGUAUUAACAUUACGCAAUAAUUUUGAGGGCAAAGCAAGUAGUGAGUGUGUAUGAUUAAGACUCCAGGAAAAGACUCUGAAUUUACUUAUGGAUGGGAGAGAGGAAACAAUGGAAAAUUUGGAUUCGGAGAGACUGUAACCAAUGAGAUACAUCGACCUGCCAAGAAGGAAUGAGUUUGAAAGGGCUUUCAUUUGUGUUCAUAGCUUGACUGGAGGUACAUGAUAGAGAAGCAACUUGGUUAUGGCCAUACCUGUUUUGCAGUGGUAAUCCCAUAAAUGGACUGUAGGGUUUGUAAGAAGGCCAACAUCCCAUACCACCCCACCAGGAAAUAAUAGUAUAGACAUCCAUAAUCUUGAGAGGACUUCUAAGACUUGUAGAUUUGGUUCCAAAGGACUUUUGCAUGAUCUUUUCAAGAACUAAGUUUCUGCUGCAGCUUAUAAAACAUCCUUAAAAAAUGGGGGAGCUGCAGUCAGAUGAAAAUUCUAGGAAGCCCUCCCAAAAAUAGCAUUAGGCAAGGCAGCUCUUUGGAUCUUAGCUGCUUCAUUUAAAUGAAUGUAGCUUUAUGGUAAUUGAAGUAAUGAUGUUACUGAUGAUGUCUGAAGAUUUAGAGGUUAAGAUGGAUUGGGAGUGGUUAGUGGCAAGAAACUGAAAAAGAAUUGGAAAUAUCCUUUAGCCAUCAUUGAAUUAUAUUCUAGGAAGUAUAUGUGGUAUGCACUGAAAACUCAUACCAACAGAUCAGGCUUGAGCUAACAAAGGUUUGAGAGCAAGUUCCACCUCUGCAUUGCCUAUCAGUGCACAUUUUUGUGUACUCAAAAAUCAGAAUUCUAUGUCUGCCCACCUCCAGAAAGAAUUGAUAAUAUUUGCUUAAAAAGCAACCAUAUUUUUAAGAGUUAGUAAAAAGAAACCAUGUUAGUGAAUGAAGAGUUUUCUCUUCAUAGAAGAGUGCCAUAUGAAUCUUGGGAUUGCCAUGGAGUUCUGAUGAAAUGUAAAACAUAUGGUUGCUAUUUAUUGGAAUGAAAUCAUUAUUUCACAGUGAAGCUGUUUAAGUUGUAAACUGGAAGGGUUCUGAAUUCUAAUUUUUAUUGCUUAGGCCAAUAUUCUGACAUUUAGAAAGUACCAUAACAUAAAGAGAGAACUGAGGGAAUAUAGUAUGUUGAAGUUCUAUUAUGCCCCACAAUCCCCCCUGCCAAUUUCUGAUAUUUGCCAAAAUGGCAAGAAGUUUAAAUUGUGACUAAGGAUUCGGAAUAAAAUGCUGUAGCUUGAUUCAGCGGCAUUUAUAUAGAGGUGUCAGAAAAGUCAAAAUGGUGAUCACAGCUGCAUGAUCAAAGUCCCACCCUUUUGUGUGUGAUGAUACACAUACAAAAGGGGCAGGCUUUAGUUGUACAAUUGCAAUUAUCAUCUUGACUUUUUUGACUCCCACCCCAUGCAUGCCCUGUCUUGGCUUUUCAUCCUGCAGUAAAUAUACAUGUAUACCAUUGACAUUCAGUAGGUGCAGUCCAAAUUCACUUACAAAUUCAAAUGCUGUUGUGUCUGCUGUUUCCCCAUUGGUUCAUCAAGGGGAUAAUUCUCUUAGAACACUCUUCUGAAAAUUAAUUAGCAGUUGCAAGCCUACAUCAAACUGCCAUCCCUUUCACUAAGAUUUUGACACAAGACGUAAUAAAGUUAAUUGGAAGACGUCUCCUCUGCUCGUGUACUUGAGCACAUUGAAUGCAUAGAUACAUCCCACCAAUUACAACUUUUUUCAGUCUGUUGCUUUCUGAUGUGUUGGAUUGCAAUUCCCAGCAGAUAUUUGGCCAUGCUUGCUUGGAAUUCUGGUAGUCUCAACACAUCUGGAGGAAGGAUGAAAUAGCUCUUCUACAUCACUUUGUUUAGAUACAAUGACAUGCAUACAUUUUGGUCUGUAGCGCAGUUACAUUCCUAGUAAAACUUACUUCAGAGUUGACUUGUAUUGUUGCCAUUAUAUGUGCUUUAUACUCAAAAAUUCAAAUUCUUUUACACUAGCAUUCUGACUGGUACAAUCUUCAUUUUUGCCCAGAAAACCAUUUUAAAUUCUAAAUUGAAUGCUCUUAGAAAUUAUUAUUUAAAAAUAAAAUCCAAUAUUGAAGGCUCAUAGUUUGGAUAGUAUAUACAAUAAUUUCUGAGAUAGAAUCAGAAUUUGGGGUUUGAGUUUUUUUCUGGCGAUGCAUAACUAAAUGCAUCCAAGUUUUUAUUCCUAUACCCCAAAUAUGCAGAACACACAUGUUCACAUGCACACACAAUGAUUAUAACAUUUCAGUCAAAGGCCUCAACUAUAGUAUUUUGUAAACCAGAAACAGUAGUUCUGAUAUUUGGCAGUGCUUUCAGAAACGAAUGAAUGAUCAUUACAUAGAUGGAAUGCUAUCCUCCAAAGUUAGGCAAUUUGUCUCAUUGAUUUAUCGACUAAAGCCCACAGUAAUGUACAACUUGCUUCCAACCAGACUGUAUCCCAUUGACUGAACAUCCAUAAGCUGUAAUGUCUUAAAAAAAAGUAAUGUGUUGAAGAUAAUUUUAGCCAUCACUAUACAAAAAGUGAAAACAAUUGAUAUUUUUACAAAAUAAUGCAAAAUUCAUUUGAGGUGUAAACAGCAUGCUAGUUAUAAAUUAAGUACUUGGAUCUUAUUACAAGUUAUGGAAGAUUUGCUAAGCAUUUAUCUUUUCUAUCAUACAGCCACAAUCAAUAAUUUAAACCCCACAACAUUAUUCUGUUGUGCCAAGUUCUUAUCUUUAGUGCCAAACUGAAAGUAAGGCAGAUGGGCUCAAGUUAAAAAUACCAGAUGUUACUGAUAGUCAUGGUGAAAUGCAUCCUUUAUACGUUGAGCCUGUCCUUACUCUACACUUCAGUCAUUUUGAAAUAACAAAAAAGGGGAAUGUUCGUAACUGGAAAAUAGAAGCAACAGUAAGCAAAACAUCUAUUUGUUUUUUCUUUCUCUGCUCCCUCAUAGAGUACUGAAAAUUAUCCAGUAAGUUGACUCCCAUUGACUUUGAGGCAUAAUUCUUCAAACAUUUAGCUUUCACCUCAGAAGUUGUAGAUCCCAUGGUUGCAUUCUUCUUCUAUGAAGGUCUUUAAGAUGGCACAAUCUGAGAUAGUAUCUCAGAAGGCCCUGGGCAGAAUGCAGGGAGUCCCAUUGCUUAUGCAUUGUGGCACAGUAGCAAGGAGACUGUGUAUUUGCACUCACUGUAGCAUAUGCAUCUGUCUUGUUCCUACAUCAUUCUUAAUGUAUUUGGGUAAUUGUGGCAGCUCUUGUAUGUUCUGCAAAUAAUUUCUGCAGGAACUGUGGAUUGUCAAAAUAAUGUGUAAGAUCUUUUCCUAUAAAAAUGUUUACUCCAUAUUUCUCCUUCCAUAAAUGAAAGGGCUCUCUGUCCACCAAAAGCUUUUGUUCUAAUAGAUGAUACUACUAAGAGAAGGGAAGAAACAACUGUUGUCAACUAUCCAGCCCCUCUGUAACCCCAAAUAUUCCCCAUAUUAUGCUGAAAAGUCCUCCAAUUUUCAGGGGCUGCAGCUCUGGUGUGGGAGAAAUUCACUUCUCUUUCCCAAACAUGCUAUCAGGAGCAUGUCCUGAACAGUUGUCAGAGGAUGGGACCCACUGGUGGGAAUAAAAUUUUUAUUCAAGCCAGAGUCAGUUUGGAUUGUGAUCUAAUUGUCAGUAAUAUUUUGUCAUAAGCAGACCAUUGCAGAUUUUCAUGUCAGCAACCUAGGUUUGCCAUUAAAUUAUUUCAUUGAUGAACUUUUAUGGGCAAUACUUCAAUUCUGAACCCUCUGAAGUAUGCAGCAGUCAUACUUCGAGUUCCACUCAUUUCCUUAGUGACUAAAAGUAUGUCUUUUGUACAUCAUAACUUUUAACAUAAAAGUGGUUGAGCGUAGUUCUGCUUGCAUGGAGGUCUGUAUCCACAAUGCAACUUAAUUGAGGCUUGAUGUGGACAUGUCCGUAUGUCUCUCCCUGGAAAAAAAAAUAGACUUCCCUCCAAAUGAUGCAGAAACAAUGUGAGAACAAUAAUAUACUGGAACAAAUCUUCUGAACUUUAGGUCAGCCUUUCAGAACGUGCAGGUUGCAAAAACGUUCUUAGAACUUGCUGUGGGGUUUGUUCCCUUCACUGUAUUCCUGUAUAGCUUUGGAUAGAUGGUAACUUUGAAAAUUUUCAUGGGCAAAAUUUCAUGGGCGGCAAUCAGUGUCUUAUGUCAUAGAAUCAGUUUCAGCUGUAUAGACUGUAUACAGUUUGGCUGUAUAGACUUGUCAGCAGUUGUUGCAACUCAGUUCAGAUCAUCUGUCUUGGACUGGAGAACAGAAGUGAUUUGAAAGCCAAAUCACAUUCUGUGGCAAAUGGAAGUACUUCUUCUAAAAGCUACUGCUUUUUACAAGCAGGUUCUUGCUAGACUCUCUACCCCCUGCAAAAAGGCAAAAGAGACGGGUUUUCCUAUAUAGAGGCGGUUGGCUUCAAUAAUAAAAUUAGCACAGUGGAAUUCAGUGUCCUGGCUACUAAAUUAUUUUCAGGCUUGUUAAAUGUUCCAUCCGCUGACCAGAGUCAUUCUUUGUUUUGAUUGUGUAGUAGUUACGUUUGAGUGAACUUCAUGACACUGCCUGCAAUAUAUAAAACACUGUUAUGCACAUAAAUGCAGCACUGUGAUCUAAUUUAAAUAACUUUAUUAUUAUUUAAUAUGUAAUAUAUGUUAAUACUUCAGUAUGGAAAGAACCAUGCACAAACUCUGACCGUCUGUUUUUUCUACUAUCAGGAAUUUAAAAACAUAGUUAACCACAUGUAUUUUACUUUUCCUAUGAAUCUAUAGUCUUGGUGUAGGAUUUUUUAAGUUGAAUUUUGUAAGUAUUUACUAACCAUUCUAUGCUAUCAUAUAUAUGAAUAUUCUCGUACUCUUCCUCUUGUUUCUUUAUACAAGCCUCCCUUCUGAUUAUAGUCCUAACUGGAAAAUUGGGUGGAGAGACUUUGGUAAGCCAAGGAUCAUUUUUUUCAAACCCUCCCUUGAAUCAAAGUGCAAAAUUGUAGAUGUGAAGGUUUUACAAAGUCAGCUGUGUCUGUGCAAUUCUUCCACAACUCAGCACGCCAGCACUGCUUCACUGACCAAAAAAACUACCUUUGAAUUCAACCUCUGGUGCUGUAUUUUGCUAAUCAAUAUUCAGAUUUUAAAAAUAAAUGUUUUAAAACCAAUUUUUUCAGAGAGUUUCUCAUGCCAAUUUUUUCCAGUACUAGCAUUUGAAAGUACAUUUACCUAAAACAAAAUUUAUUUUUGUGAACCUAUUUGCCAACAAGUAUGGGGGAAUGCCUCUGUUUUUACCUUUCUGAAGGAGAACUACCCACCUAUCUGCCAACCAGUUCCAGUGAAGUACACACCAAAUACCCUGGUUUAAGCUUUAAAAAAAAGACGAGUCAAGUCAGAAAUCCACCGAACAGCCUUUUGAUUGUGGAAGAGCAGCUGAACCCAGCCUGCCACUCAAAAGACAAUUGAUAGAAAUUAAAUUAGGAAUUAGAGUUGUGGGUUUGCACACACAUUUCCUCACUAGAUUGGUGUGCAGAAGCUAAAAGGGGCCAUUUGGAUUGCUCUGUACUAAUACACGUUUCUGAGCAUAAGAUCCAAUGACUGAAUAUACCUUACAGGUUUGGAUUUUUUGUGACCUGGCUUGAAUCUGUUUAGGUUUUCCCUUCAGUACUAUUAUUAAGAUGAAAACGUUGGUGUUUGGAGUUCUUUUUUAAUACUUUCAUUAAUGAAUUUCAAAAUUGAUUGAUUUACCCUGGUUUCACUUUUGUAUUAUACACACUCACUACUUCAGUCUGCCUUGGUGUCAAAUGUUGGAAGGGAUGGGGUAGGGAAUGAUUUCUGUGUGUAUGAAAAAGCAUUAUGGAUUUGUACAUUUUUAUACUCUUCUGUAAUAUUUUUGAAAUAUUUUUGUUCUGCAGAAAGUGAUGAAGCAAUCAAAAGACCAAUAAAUACAAUAUCAAUGCUUUAGGGGUCAUAAAACCUUCACUGGUCAAUAGGUUAAUUUAGUACAGCAAUAAGCCAAUUUUUUUCUUUUUUGUUUUCUGGCUUUUAUUCCUAUUUUCCCCUAAAAUGCUGUACUAGUUGAAUGGAACUGCCAGUUUCUUUAACGUAAAUGAGAACUGUGAUGGGGGACAUAAACAGUAAUGUUAAGUUGUAUUUGUGUUUACCUAAAUGAGCAGUCAAAAGGCAAGUGCAAUCAGCCAGAAAUAUGGAAAAUGUUGAUCUAGAGGCAUACUUGCAUUUUAUGUUUCUUGAUGUGUAAUCAUAUUGCCAAAGACAAACUCUUUCAUCAGUUAUUAUUGUAAAUAACACUCUCCCAAAACCUACCAUAAAGUUUCUGUGAUGUAUUGUCUUCCAGUUGCAAUAAAAUUACCGAGUUGCAUCAGUUGAAUAACUGCA